AUGUCUCUGACUGAGCACAAUGGCCUAUAUCAGCCCUGUCCAGACUUCAGGACCAAGGGCCAGAUGGAUGAGAAGGAGUAUUUCCACAUCCUUCCCCAGCUCCAGGUCAAGAGGGCCGACUUCCUCACUGUCAUGCUGACCGGCACCCUUCCUCAGCGGCGAACCUUCCCAGCAGCUCUGUCGGCAGAGAACGAGGUCCAGGAGCUCCAGAGCCCGCGGGACGAUGAUGUGUCCAAGAGUGAGUCAAACAGCGAGGCCAGCCAAAAAAGCACAGAGCGGAGCCAGGAUGGGGCGCCUGACACCCUCAUGGCCGGCCCCCGGGAACCCACCUCAGCCGCAGAUGCUGACCCUGACUUUGAGGACGGCUCCAAGACCCUGGUUCUGUUCUCGCCGGGGGAUACCCGGAAGUCUCCAUCAACUGGGGGAGAACACGUCCUGCUCGAGGUUGACUUCGGGACACCGUCUGCCUCUACCCCUAGGAGCGAUAUGCCUCUGGUGGGUGCGGCCAGCCAGCCAGAGCUCUCCUUCACACUGAGGUCGGACUUGAGACCAUCCACCCCUAUCGCCCCCGCAUCUCCCCCCUUCACCAAAGUUGAGCUCACCUUUGUCCACAUCUCCGAGACUUCCCACUUUAACGUCAUGUCUUCCAGAGGUCAAACCGCAAAGGAGAGCGGCGACCACUGCGACAUCUCAUCCGUUACUCAGGAGGCCUCACCAUGGGAAGGAGACACCCGUAAACAGACCGGACAUGUCGAAAAGGGUGAGGAAUCCCAGAGUCCUUCCAGAGAGCCCCAAGCCCAUUCUAUCCCAGACGUGACCCUGGAGAAUGGUGUGACGCUCACCAAACCGGACGACCGCCCAGCGCUGGUCUUCGUCAAGUCUUUGGAGCCUGUCCCGGAAGCCAUGUCGCCCAUUCUGGAACACAAAACUCUCUCUGUAGAUUCCAUCAAGGGGCAAUUGUCUACCGAAGGUAUUGCCCACGCUGAACUACCGCAUACCGCCCUCAGGCGGAGGAUCAAAAGCCGCAUCCCGGUUAUACUGUCUGAAGAGGGCACAGGCUCGGAGCGUUCAGCCUCGCUCUCAGCCCGGGCGCAACUACAGAAGAGUGCCCGGAAACUGGACCUGGCACGCCUGGUGGUGCAGAAGCAGCAGGGCCGCUGGAUGAGGCUGACCUCGGGGACAUCCUCCUCGCUGUCCUCCGGCGAUGGGAGGGCCUCCGAGAAGCUCGACACUACCGGCUCGGAGGAAGACACCCAUGCCUCGGAUGAGUUUCUGGCCAGGAGGAGGUCCUGUCUGAAGGCUAGGGCAGGGGCUGGAGGGGACCAGGGCCAGACGGAGUGGAACAGCAGGAUCCCCAGGCCUGUCACCCCCAUCAAGAAGCCCUCUCCUCUCGCUCUGCCAGGAUCGGGCAUUUGUGGAGAUGCAUCCACCUUUGGUAAUGGGCUCCAAGUUCAGAAAAUAGGACUAAGCACUCUCCCAACCCAGAGGCAGUCUAAACUUCUGCAGACCGGCUCCUCUUCUUCCUCCUGUCCAAGGCCCUGUCCUGUCCCCGCCCAGCCCUGCGGAAGCCGCCGAAUGCCCCUACGCUGCGUUUUUGUGACCCAACGCAGCUUAAGCACCUCCCACUGCAGGUCAGACAGCCCCUCCCCCCAGCGUCUCCAUCCAACUAGACAGUCCCCCUCUGUCCGGCCCACAACUGCCCCUCCCCUCCAGCCAAGGGCUAAUACUACUACUACCAGCAUAAAACGGGCCAACUCACAGGACCCCUUUACCCAGGUGUCCACCGCUAUGCCUGCCAGAAUCCGAGCCAAAUCCACGGGCCCUGCCAAAGCGAAACAAAGCACAGGGGACAAGAUGGCUGCCGCGAGAUAGUAAACAGAUUCACUGGGAAGAAACGCAUAUGCUUCUCUGUUGUCCUCAGAAAAACUCAAUGCUUCAAAAAGCUCCAGCCCGGACCCAAAUUAAGACUGAUGCGGUGUCCCAUCUUUUUUUACCUUCUUUGAUCCAAACCAUGUACAGUGGGGCAAAAAAGUAUUUAGUCAGCCACCAAUUGUGCAAGUUCUCCCACUUAAAAAGAUAAGAGGCCUGUAAUUUUCAUCAUAGGUACACUUCAACUAUGACAGACAAAAUGAGAA